AUGGCCGAAACAAUAAGUACUAGGGCGAAGUCGCCAACACGCGCAGAAGCUAUUAUGAAAGCAUUGAAACCAGGGCCUGUUUUUUGCACUGGGGUACUCUUAGGUAAUUGGGUUGAGGAUAGAAUUGAAUGCCCUAAAGGUGGCACAUUUUAUUUUCCACCGAAAGAGGAAAUUGAUUUCGAGAAAUUAAACCCGGAAUCACGUCAACCCGAUUUUCGCCUCAAUAAAUUAAAUAGCUUGCAGGGUAAUGUUCACUCAAUUUAUCGGCACGACAGUCAUGAGUCGUGCGGCAAUUUCGCAACUACAACGGAUCUCGUCUAUAACCACCUGCCUAAACCUCUAUGUGGACCCAUACAAAGAUAUUAUAAACGGAGUGCUCAUCAGUGGUAUCCACAGCCAGAUCUAUUUAAAUGUUUUGGAAAUGUUACCGAAUGGGGCUUAAAGAAAUAUCUAGAACACGAAUGGAAGUGUACUAAUGUGUCGGACUAUAUGUCCACCUUGUAUGAGGACACCUUUGUACCUCCUAAACCACAUCAAUAUUUACAGAGAUGUGAAAGAAAGGCGCGCAAUUCGAGCUUCACGAAAAGUUUCCGUUUUAAGAUGACAAAAUCAAAAAAAUGAUAACAUCAAGAAUCAUUUAGUUUAUUAUCAGCAAAAAUUACUAGUCUUUACAUAUCACAUUUUGUUCAAAAGGACAGUGACGUCCAUAUAAAAAUCGUAACAAUACAAUAAUUCUUAAUGCUUUCAUAUAGCCAUCACCUGGCACCAACACGAGAUCAGCAAAAUAUAACUUACACCUACUCUUACUUGCAACAUACACAACCUCUUAAAAACUAAUGAAUGUGAUAACUUUACAAAACAUUUCUUAAUUAUAAUGGCAGUCAAUGGAACUUUAGUACAAAAAAAAUCGUUCGAAGAAUAAAAUA